AUGGACGUACAUGAUGGAAGCAUAAGGAACUUACUUAAUGCUAACAAUAACUUACCAGGAACUAUUAAAGCAUUUAUAAAGUCCUUUGUAAAACCUGGUGCUCUAACAUUUAGGUCUUUGAGAGCAAGAGCAUUGAAGUCAAGAGAUGCAGAAACUCCAACAGAACCUACAGAAGGAACUGAAACAACAGAAACUCCAGAAGAACCACCAAAACCAACAGCUAAUGAAAUAUUGUUCGAAUAUUUUCCAAGGUACUCUGUUCUCAUUGCAUACAUUCAAGAAAUACUUAAGAAAGCAGACUUGACUUUAGGAGAUGAUGAAAGUUCCGUAUAUCUUUCGUUCCAGUUUCAAAUAGCAGAACUUUUGAGACAGAUAUGCUUAAUGUAUGACAACAUCUCUGAUUUCACAAGAUAUGAUGACGACCAUGACCCCGAACACGGUGAAGAAGAAGUUUUACAAACAUCCAUUAAGACAGGAAAGGUUUUAACUCAAAGUCUCAUUAUUGACACUAAAGAUGGCGAAGUGGAUGUUCUUCAAGAGCUGAAGAAAAAUACUUCUGAAGGAGGUGGUGGUAGGCAUGAUCUUGAAAUAAAUGAGAUAGAAGAGAAAUUAGCCGAAAAAGCAGAUAAAAACCAUGUUCAUUAUAUAAGUUCAGACGAACAGAUUAUAACGGACUACCAUGGAUAUUUAACACAGGAUGAACAAAUAAGCACUGAAGAUGUUAAUGAAAGAAGAUAUAAAUACAUUCGUGCUAAAGGUUAUGACAUAAGCUGUACUGUACAGUAUGACACGGGUAAAGCACCAGAAGCAUUUGGUUAUAACGAUGAAAUAUAUGCCUCUACUUUCUCUGUUAAAGGUGUAUUAGUUGAACCAAGAUUUACUUUGAGAGUUAAGGCAAAAAUAACUUUUGAAGAUGCUAUUAAAAGUAAAGCUGACAAAGAUGAACUUGACGCAACGAACAAAGUUUUGAAAUCUCAUAAACACAAUAUCUCCGAUAUAAAUGAACUUCAAGCUACAUUAAAUAGUAAAGCUGACAAGAACCAUACACAUGAAUCCUUCACUACU